AUGGAUUGUACUUUUACAGCACCCAGCCGCAAGGCUAGGCCGAAGAAACGACGGAAUUGUGCAAAUAUCGGGGGUGCCAGCAAUAUACAAGUUCAUAUAGGACAACUGGACGCUAUGAUGCAGCAUCUCACUAACCAUUCAGAAGUUGCUGAAGAGGGGGCCGAUGUUCAAGCUCAACCUCAAUUCGAGCGGGAGACUGAGACUACCACAUCCAAGCUGUCAGCGAUAAUAGCAAACGCAAACGGCAACAAUUCUACCAAAUCCAUGGUUCUUCCCCCUCAGGAUCACGUUUUACCUGUCAUACAAAUCUACCUCAAGGAUUUCAACGCAGUUUUACCCCUAUUUGAUGCCAAUGCUCUUUUGCAGUUGGUUCACGAUUGUUACAAUGUUGGACCCCUGCAACGAGACCCGGUGGCAUGGGCUGCCAUAAACGUCGUUUUAGCUCUCGCUCAACGGUACACUCCUGUGGACAGUCAUAAUGUUCCCUCUUCGACUGAGUGUAUUAAUAGAGCAGAAUCUGUACUCUCGAAAGUCAUGUUGGGCGAUAUCCAGUUGCUCAAUGUCCAGGUCUUGGUCGGCAUGGUGAUGCUACUCCAGGCCUCGCAAGAUCUCCAGCCUUCGCUGAUCUUGAUUGCCACAGUAAUGCGUCUAGCGCAUGCGAUCGGCUUACAUGACCGCAGCUACUCGGCGCACUUGGAUACUGUUCAAGCGAAACAGCGCGCUUGUGUGUUCUGGCUGGCGUAUAUUCUCGACAAAGACCUUAGCAUGCGCUCGAAACAGCCAUCGAUUCAAAUUGAUGACGACAUCGACCUUGAAUUACCCUCGCCAACAGCUAUUGAACAUCAGGUUGGAGACUGGAGUAAUGCUAGCGACUCCGGCAUACAUUCGGGUUUCAUCACCACCGCUGACGGAACCGUUCAGAUGAAUUACUUUGUAACUCGCAUCCAGCUAGCCGUAAUUGAAGGCGGUAUAUAUGACUAUUUGUAUUCCACGCGCUCUCAAAAACAUAGUCCAAACGAGCGGUCCCAUGCGCUGCGGAGCGUAGCUUGCGCCCUUCAGCAGUGGAAAGCUUCUAUCCCGCCCGAGUUCAGCGCCUCUGCGGCAAUAAUGAGAGUGCCUUCGGGUAUGCUACACUUUAUCGGAGCAUUGCACUCCACUACUCUAGCCUGUACAACUAUCGUAAACCAAGCCCAUGCGUGGGAUGCCGAGUGGGUGGCCAGUUUACGCAGGUAUGGUAGGCAAGGUAUAGUACCCCGCCUGCCACAACAGUGGGAGGCAGUGGUAGAUGAGGCGCGUGAUCUGAUGGUCCUACUUGGAGUAUUGGGUAUGACGGACAGUUGGAACUUCUGGUAA